AUGUCAGAUUUGUACCUAUGGACAUCAAAGAUGCCUCGUAGUAAGGAUGGAAAAACGCGACGUAAGCUGUGUCCAGAGACAUUGUCUGAGGCAGUUAAAGAGGCAAGAAAUGGAUGUUCUUUACGAAAAGUUGCAGAAAAAUAUGAAAUACCAAAAUCUACCAUAUUUAAAUACCUUCGCAUGAAUAAGGACAAGGAUCUGGAUCGUAACAAUAUAGAUAUUUUGAGAAAUGACGUAAAGAAAGUGUUCAAUGAUGAUGAAGAGAAACAGCUAGAAGAAUAUUUCGAAAAAGCAGCUUACCUACAUAUGGGAUUAAAUGUUAAGCAAGUGAGAGAACUAGCAUACCAGUUUGCAGUGAUGAAGCAAAAACAAAAUAUCCCAAAUAGCUGGCACCAACACAAAAUGGCUGGCGUAGGCUGGCUAAGAUACUAUCGUCAACGUCAUUCACAUUUGUCUCUACGGAAGCCUGAAGCAACCAGUUUGGCGCGAGCAAGUAGUUUUAACAGACCUAAUGUUUCUAAGUUCUUUGACAACCUCCAAAAAGUAAUUGAAAAACACCAAUUUACCCCCGAAAACAUAUAUAAUCUGGAUGAGACUGGGAUAUGCACAGUUCAUAAUCCGAGAAAAAGUACUGGCUCCAAAGAAAAUAAAACAGCUAGGUAA